CAGUAUUGCCAUGACUGCAAUAUCACUUCCAUAACUGAAAUCUGAAAACUCUAUUCCAAAAAUGAGUCAAGGGGACAACGCAACCACGGAGAAAUUGCUGUUCUAUGAGUUCGCCUGGCCACUUUUGGUCGCCGUUUUUGAGGAGAACCUGUACAGGAUCGUCCUGGAGCUCUUGGCCCACAUCCUGCUGAUCGUGAUAGCCGUGGUGGUGGUCAGAAAGACCUCGGAAAUGGAUGACAACCGCAGCGGCCAGCACGCCCUGUACGCCGUUUUGGGACUGUUUCUGUGCGUGGGUGAAUCUCUGCUGGUGUGCCACUCCUGGUGGUUAGGAGACUUCCUCUCCGAGAAGCGGCUCAGCCUGCUACACAUGGUGCUGGGAAUGGUGGGACUUUGGCUGGGAUCGGUGGGCAUUUUCAUGAAGAGCACCCUCAAGAGCAAGACACACGAGCCGCACUUUAAUUCCAAACACGGAUUGUGUGGCCUUUUGGGCCUUCUUCUUAUCGGUGGCACCCUGGCCAGUGGGUUCGUCCUGGUGUACUUCACCCACCUGGCUCUGCACGUCCCCCACCGACUGAUGGGCCUGUGUGGCUUCGUGCUCCUCUCGUGCAGCCAGUGGUUCUCCCUCAAUCUGGGAUUCGCCCGCAGGGAGUGGAGUAGCCGGAAUAUUAAGUGGCUCAAGAUCGGAACGCUGGGCGCCUCCAUUUCAGUGGUUGGCUACGAGUUCCUCUGCCUCUGUCGGGACAUUGUCCACUUGCUGCCCAAAAACUGGUUCAAAGCAAUUGCACUGAAUUGAUUAGCCUGAUAAUUACAUUAUAGAGUAAUUUAACCAGAGUUAUAUAAACAACACUUAUCAAUAUUGAA